AUGAGGCAGCCGGAGAUGUCUCAUUCUCCUGCUUAUUAUCAGGACAACGAUCAGCUUGUGACGGCAUACCUCCAAGAUGUACAGACACCUGCCACACUUCCUGCGGUACAUCUUCCUCCCAAAUCGUCGUCUUCUCGGCAGUCUCACAACCAGAAGAGUGUGGUCAAUGUUAACCCUUCGGAUCUACAUUCCAUCCACGACGACGUGGACUCUUACGCUCCUCCCAAUACGAGCAAUACCCCAAACGAUCACCAUCGGCACGACCAGGAGUUGCGGAAGCCCGAGAACUAUAAUCAGGUGCCAGUUGGAUUUGUUUAUCCGGUCUCUGAACAACUAGUGGUGGCUCCGGUGACUAACGGAGCUGUGCGCAAAGACGAGCGCAUUCGUGGCAGUUGGACCGACCAUUCAUCAUACAUGUCCGGCGACCAUUACCCUCAUAGCGCCCCCCGCGUCCACAAACGAGCCAUACCUGAAGACGGCCCUCCCGUGGAUGAGAGUCAGGAUGCACUAUCGAUGCUGUUUCGACUCUCACUUCCCGUCCCCAUUUUAUCCCUCUGCACAUCCUUAUAUACCGUCUUCGGUCUGAUCUUCGUCGUCCUCGUGUCUCCCCUUCGUCUCUGCUCCUUCGUUCCCUAUCUUCGCUCGACGUCGUUUCGUGCACAGCUCUGCGACCUUCUAGUGCCUCAGUUGCACAUACACGAGCGAUUAGUCCGCCUGCGAGGGUCCGCCGCAUCUCAAUCCUCCUCACAUCAAUCAAUAUAUAAUGACCCUGAACGCUCAUCUCCUGCUGAGGCAAUGGACUGCUAUUCUGUGGGUGGAUUAUUCAUGGUCCUUCUGCUGUCCUCCUUGCUGUCUAUCGCAUUCCUCCUUCUCGCCUGGACUGCUGCCUUCUUUUGGGUUUUUGCCAUGAUCCUUGGCAAUCCCGACGGCACCGAGCGCAAGGAUGAUGGCCGUGCGGCGGUUCUUGGCGUCAGUCGAUGGUGGCACUUGUGGCUCGGCAAAGCCAAAAAGGCGUCUCGCUGA